CGAGUGGGGCGAGAGGGGCAGUUCCAAGAACUCGCUGGCUCUAGUGUCGGAAUCCUCAAACACUCAACUUGCAUUAGCAAUCAGGCAGGAUUCGCUCCACCUCACUGCACACUCCCCAUCGCCCGCUGCUCUCAUCUGCGAUCUCUCCCGCACCGCGCACAGAGUGAGUACUCUGCUUCUAGCUAGCUGGUUGGUACACAUCGCCGCCGACCAUGGUGCAGGCGGCGCACGAACCGCAGCAGCAGCUCGUCUUCGACGCCGCCCACCUGAGCGGGCAGGCCUACAUCCCGCAGCAGUUCAUCUGGCCGGCGGACGAGAGCCCUACCCCGGACGCGGCGGCGGAGCUGCCCGUGCCGCUCAUCGACCUCGGCGGUCUCCUCUCCGGCGACGCCGGGGUCGCCGACGAGGUGGUCCGCCAGGUGGGCGAGGCGUGCGAGCUGCACGGCUUCUUCCAGGUGGUGAACCACGGAAUCGACCCGGCGCUGCUGGCGGAGGCCCACCGCUGCAUGGACGCCUUCUUCACGCUGCCCCUCCCGGAGAAGCAGCGCGCGCAGCGGCGGCAGGGCGAGAGCUGCGGCUACGCAAGCAGCUUCACGGGGCGGUUCGCGUGCAAGCUGCCCUGGAAGGAAACCCUCUCGUUCCGCUACUCGGCGAGCCCGGCCGCCUCUUCCGACCUCAUCGUCGACUACUUCGUCGCCAAGCUCGGCGAGGACUAUCGCCACCACGGGGAGGUGUAUGGUCGGUACUGCUCGGAGAUGAGCCGCCUGUCCCUGGAGAUCAUGGAGGUGCUGGGCGAGAGCCUGGGCGUGGGGCGCUCCCACUUCCGGCGCUUCUUCGAGCGCAACGACUCCAUCAUGCGGCUCAACUACUACCCGCCGUGCCAGCGCCCCAACGAGACGCUGGGCACGGGCCCGCAUUGCGACCCCACGUCGCUGACCAUCCUCCACCAGGACGAAGUCGGCGGCCUGCAGGUGUUCGGGGACGGGCGGUGGCGGUCCAUCCGUCCGCACGCCGGCGCCUUCGUGGUGAACAUCGGCGACACCUUCAUGGCGCUCUCCAACGGGCGGUACAAGAGCUGCCUGCACCGCGCCGUCGUCAACAGCCGCGUUCCGCGCAAGUCGCUGGCCUUCUUCCUGUGCCCGGAGGUGGACAAGCUGGUGUGCCCGCCGGGGGAGCUCGUCGACUCCAGCAACCCCAGGGCGUACCCGGACUUCACGUGGCGGACGCUGCUGGACUUCACGCAGAGGCACUACAGGGCGGACAUGAGGACGCUGGAGGUGUUCUCCAACUGGCUCCGCCAUGGCCAGACUCAGGAGGCCCUCCUGCUCUAGGCAGCCACUUGAUUAGUACUCUAGUCCGUUAAUUACCUACCAUGCAUCUCCUUUCUGCUCUGCCCUGUUUCCGUACAGGAUUAUACUCCUAUGUUAAGUACGUGUGUUGAUUAGCAAGAGAUUCCUGGUCUGAUCUGCACGAAUCUCCCUCAGACAGCCAGUGCAGAGGCGUAGGAGGACAUCUCCUUAGAUCUUAAGCAGAAGAUUUACUUUGCCCA